UAUGUUCUUAAAGGCCCAUUUCCAGUUUGCAAGAAGUGAAAGUAAAUGGGAAUUUAUUACAACCAAAACACUCCGAAAGUGGUUGAUUGAACAGUAAUUAAAAAGUUGUUUCAUUCUCAAAACACAUGAUGUUUGUCGCGGCAGAAUGCACCCCAACGUCUUUUAAAGACUUUACCCUGAUUAUGCCAGCAAUCUCUGUUGGAAAUGUGGGGCAGCUGGCAGUGGACCUGAUUGUUUCUACGCUCAACAUGUGUCGAGUCGGAUACAUCCACACUGACUGUCUCAUCCCUAUGGCAGGGAACAACCCUUAUGCUACAUUCGCUGAGAACGCCAACGACCUCAGUACCAAUGCAGAAGUGUACUCUUCUCCAGAGUUGAGGUUGGCAGUUCUUCAGAUCAGAACCCCAAUUAUCCAGACAAAGUCCAAGAAGUUCUGUAAGCUGAUGGUGUCUUGGAUCAAAGCCAGUGGUUUCUCCAGGACUGUCGUGCUGUCCAGCAGUCAUGCUUACCAGAGGGAUGACCAACAGCUACUGGGGUCUCCCCUGCGUUACCUGCAGACUCCCUCCAUGCAGAAGCUGACUGGUGACCGGCUGAAGGAGAUGGAGUGGAAGGAGAUGGAGACAGUAUCUACCUUCCCUGGGGUUACUGACUCAGAGCAGCGCCUCUAUAUACCUGGAGGGGGCGCCACUAAAGGCCUCUUCACUGACAGAUGUUUGAGGCUGAUGUACCAAACAGAAAGUAAAAGAUGCAAAACCUACAUUUAAGAAUGGGAAGUAUAGAGAUCUGUACCGCGUCUUAGACUGGCUUUCAAUGAGGCUUUAAGGUUUUCUCCAUGUCUCUGUGUUCCAGCUGUGCGGAGGACAUUCCUCUCCAUGUUGUUGUCUCUGUGUUCCAGCUGUGCUGAGGACAUUCCUCUCCAUGUUGUUGUCUCUGUAUUCCAGCUGUGCGGAGGACAUUCCUCUCCAUGUUGUUGUCUCUGUGUUCCAGCUGUGCUGAGGACAUUCUUCUCCAUGGUGUUGUCUCUGUGUUCCAGCUGUGCGGAGGACAUUCUUCUCCAUGGUGUUGUCUCUGUGUUCCAGCUGUGCUGAGGACAUUCUUCUCCAUGUUGUUGUCUCUGUGUUCCAGCUGUGCGGAGGACAUUCCUCUCCAUGUUGUUGUCUCUGUGUUCCAGCUGUGCGGAGGACAUUCCUCUCCAUGUUGUUGUCU